AUGAGUCUUUUUUGUAUAACCAUUAUGCUAUCUCCCCCGCCCAGCUCUUGCAUCUUUAUUGCCUACAUGUUAGGUAGUAUUUACUUUGGGCUUUCCUUCCUCCUGAUCCUCCUUUGGAGCUGCAGUCAAGGCGAGCCCUGCAAAAGGCUGCGGAAAGCCGGCCACUUUGAGACGCCAGGGAACCGCGAGAACAGUAAAACAAGCAACACUUCCGCUAGCGCGAGUGCUUCCGGGGCGGAGUUCACCAUGGCUGCCGCCUUGGCUCGGCUCGGACUCCUGUCCGUGAAGCAGAUUCGGGUUCAAUUUUGCCCUUUCGAGAAGCAUGUGGAGUCGACGAGGACCUUCCUGCAGGCGGUGAGCAGCGAGAAAGUCCGUUCCACCAACCUCAACUGCUCGGUGAUCGCGGACGUGAGACACGAUGGCUCCGAGCCCUGCGUGGACGUGCUGUUCGGAGACGGGCAUCGCCUACUGAUGCGCGGCGCCCACCUUACCGCCCAGGAAAUGCUCUCAGCCUUCGCCUCCCACAUCCAGGCCAGAAGCUCUGAGAGCGAGGACAAGCCGGAUGCUGGUACUGGUACCAAGCGCAGAUAGGGGAGAAGACAGACCGACUGGCAGGUUUUGGCCUGGGACUAGUAGGACACUUAUGUAAGAAGAGCUUUGUUUAACCACACACAUCACUUUCUGCAGGGCCUCUGAGUGCCAGUGAAACCCUAAGAGCCCAAAAGCGGGGAUCGUGAAUACAGAUCCAGCCGUUGCUUCUGGGAGAUAGAUGGGGAAGGGGACAGAAUAAAUUUGAAUUUUCACUUUCUUACCAUA